AAGGCGGAGUCCCGGGGCCGAGCGGCCAGAGCUGGGCGCGCAGUGCGGGCGGCGCGGCGGACACGACCCGCGGCCAGCCCGACCCCCCAGGACCCCCCGCGCGAUGGAGUUCCUCUGGGCCCCUCUUCUGGGUCUGUGCUGCAGUCUGGCCGCUGCGGACCGCCACACCGUCUUCUGGAACAGUUCAAAUCCCAAGUUCCGAAACGAGGAUUACACAGUGCGCGUGCACCUCAAUGACUACCUGGAUAUCAUCUGUCCUCACUACGAGGAUGACACCGUGGCAGAAGCAGCCAUGGAGCGGUACACACUGUAUCUGGUGGAGCAGGAGCAGUACGAGAUGUGCCAGCCUCAGUCCAAGGACCAGGUCCGCUGGCAGUGCAACCAGCCCAGUGCCCGGCACGGCCCAGAGAAGCUAUCUGAGAAGUUCCAGCGCUUCACCCCCUUCACCCUGGGCAAGGAGUUCAAAGAGGGACACAGUUACUACUACAUCUCCAAACCCAUCCAUCACCAAGAGGACCAGUGCCUACGGUUGAAGGUGACCGUCAAUGGGAAAAUCACUCACAGUCCUCAAGCCCACGCCAAUCCACAGGACAAGAGAUUUCCAGCAGAUGACCCGGCCGUGCAGGUGCUCCACAGCAUUGGUCACAGCGCUGCCCCACGCCUCUUCCCACUAGCCUGGGCCGUGUUGCUGUUGCCUUUCCUGCUGCUGCAGGCCCCAUGAAGGUGCCACCACAUCCGGCCGAAAGAGUGGAACUGGGCAGAGGAGGCGGAGACAGACCUUCCUGCGUCCCGUCCUGGGGCCAGUCCCAAACAAAAUCCCAAACCUGGGACCUACAUGCACAAGCUUCCAGCAGCAGCCUCAAAACGGGUCAGUAUUAAGGGUUUCAACCCAAAGCAGGCUGGCAAGCCUUAGCAGUGCAGACUCCACCGUCCACCUCAGAGGGAUGGACCGGCUCGUGGGAAGAAGCGCCUUUUCUGCCGUUUCCUGCCUGUAUGCCAAAGAAAAACAGCUGUAUCUGCUGGGACUCUAACAGAGGGCAUCCCAGGAGCCCCGCUGGAACAACCUGGGCACAUCCAGAUGGACUCAGAGCUCGGCCAGGAUGCACAGCUGAACUGACAGGAGGAAAAGCCAGACAGUGCCUGGCUCGGAAGCCUGGUACAAACAGGAGAGACGCAAGGCUUGGGCUGACCCUGCACCUCCUCCGAGACUUUGGUUGGUGGGGCCACCGUGGAGAGGUUUGUAGGGGCGCACUGCAGUCUUUCCCAGAGCUGUGCCAGUGGGAGGAUGUUGCCAGCCUGUUCUCAGAGUGUUGCUGGAAGGGCAGUGCCCACGAGCGCAGUCUGUGCCUGGAGGUAGCCUGAGGGGCAGGACCCACACUACAGGAUCUGUAUAUAUAAAACCUGCUGUGUGUGUGUGUGUGUGUGUGUGUGUGUGUGUGCGUGUGUGUGUGUGUGCGUGCGUGCGCAUGCGCACGUACUGAUUUCUAUAACUGGAUUUUUUUUUUAUACAAAGGAACAUUGUAGUUCCUCGUCUUGAAAUAAAACCACUUGUUUUUUGGA